CCUUUGAACCUAGCUCUGAUAACGACAGGCAACUUUGAUUGGAAACAUGCAAAGAAGACGACGAUACCCAGAAGAUUCACAUUUGGUGAUGUGUGGGACCGAGUCUUCGUGACAGUGAAAGCUGCGAAGUAGUUACCCUAGGAUUGAGCUGUCAUGUUAGAGCCACCCCCACAUGCCCCGCGACUCGUGGCUUGUCGCUGAAACGUAGGCGGUGACGAAGCAGAGGCCACCGCCAAAGCUACCAGGCAGGCACCACCUCCAUUGUGCAUCACCCAUACCCUAUUUUGCCUACUGAUCCUUUUCUUUUGCGCGCAUUAUGUCUCUAGUAUCCGAGGCCAUCUGGGCAGCGUCCCCUUCCACGACGCGUGGACAAGCAACACCUCUGUCCUCAGACCCCAAGGGCGAACGUAUUGCCUAUGCCUCGGGCAAAUCCGUCUUCCUUCGCUCCAUCGACGAUCCGGCUGUUAGUAAACAAUACACGCAACACACAACACAGACGACCGUCGCCCGUUUCUCCCCUUCGGGCUUCUACGUUGCCAGUGGAGAUGUGUCGGGUACUGUGAAGGUGUGGGACUGUGCAGGUGAAGGAGCUACAAAAGGUGACUACCACAUCAUCGCUGGCCGCAUCAAUGACUUGGCAUGGGACGGCGACUCGCAGCGUAUCAUAGCAGUCGGCGAUGGCAAAGAGCGUUUCGGACACUGCAUUACAGCAGACAGCGGUAACAGCGUGGGUGAGAUCUCGGGACACUCUUCACAGAUCAACUGCGUCUCCAUCCGCCAGCAACGACCGCUUCGCGCCGCCACAGGCUCCGACGACACCAGUCUGGUCUUCUACCAUGGCGCUCCUUUCAAGUUCAACACCAGUCUCAGAGGGCAGCACAACCGCUUCGUCUUCGGCACCGCCUUCUCACCUGACGGCUCUGUCUUCGCUAGUGUUGGCGCCGACAAGCGCAUAUGGCUAUACGAUGGCAAGACUGGAGAGGCCAAGGGACAAAUUGGCGAAGGAAUACACACUGGCAGCAUCUUCGGCAUCUCAUGGUCCAAGGACUCGAGCAAGUUUGUUACAGCCAGCGCGGAUCAAACUGUCCGUAUAUGGGACCCUGAAGCGGGCAAGAACAUUCAGACCUGGAGGAUGGGCGAAGAAGGCGUCGCUAGUAUACCCGACCAGCAAGUCGGUGUGGUAUGGCCCACAGGCCGUAGCGACGGUUUGAUCGUCAGUGUAGACCUCGAGGGAAACUUGAACUACCUCGUCGACGGCAACCCAAAGCCAACGCGUGUCGUUCGUGGCCAUGCGAAGAAUAUCACAGCAGCAGCCAUUGCUGGAUCCACUUUCACCACAGGAAGCUACGAGGGCCGCGUCUUAGCAUGGGACACUACCACCGGAUUGGCCGACAAGGUCGAAGGCGCAGCACACUCCAGCUACGUCGCCGGCAUCACAACUUCCGACAGUAAGAGUGAGGCGGAGUUGUACAGUGUUGGUUGGGAUGACACGUUGCGUUCCAUGUCAGUUCCAGACAAGAUCUUCACUGGGGAGGCUCACGAUCUCAAGUUUCAACCCAAGGGCGUUGCUGCAACAUCGAGCACUGUAUUGAUCCUAUCGGCUGAUGCGAUAGCAAUAUACUCCAAGGGCGAAAAGGUUGGCUCGUUAUCAGUCAAGUAUUCGCCAACCUCAAUCGCGGCGCAUGGCUCUACUGUCGCCGUUGGCGGAGACGAUAAGCUCGUACACAUAUACACACUCUCGGGCACCGAGCUCAAAGACACAGAAACAGUGCUCCGCCGCGCAACCGCACCCAUCUCUGCACUUGCCUUUUCCGCUUCAGGAAAGAAACUAGCAGUAGGUGCUGGCAACGGCAAGAUCUACGCAUACGAGGCAGACGCAGACUGGAAAAUCAUUACAGACAGAUGGAGUGCACAUACCGCUCGCAUCACUUGUCUGGCCUGGGAUGAGAGUGAGAACUAUGCCGCAAGUGGUAGUCUGGAUACGAAUGUCAUGGUCUGGAGCACUGAAGACCCUGGCAAGCGUAUCAAGGCUCUCAAUGCGCACAAAGAUGGGGUCAAUGGUGUUGCGUGGGAAAAGGCGAACAAGGUGAUUUCGGCGGGUGGUGAUGCUAGUAUCAAGGUCUGGAGUGUGAAGGCGUGAAACGCCACCAACGUAGUGAGAAGUUGAGCAAAAGAAAUGCAAUGAUCGAUCAUGGUCUGGAUGGCGAUUCGUGAAAACUAAACUGGAAGCCGAUGGCGAGACCGGAUUGGAGUGUAACGGCUAGCUUUUGAAGGACGUCGAGAAAAGGUGAGGCGA